UCGACGCCACACGCCCUCCCUGCAGCCGCUGCUCGAGAACCACUUCCUUGACCCAAAGACUUCGAGAUGGCCGGCGGACGCGCUCGCUCUUCCUCGGGACUCCUGCUUCGCCUGAGCCUCUUGCUGGUCGUACUGGCGUGCUCCUCGCCCGCCUCGUCCUCGAGCCUUCCCGCCCUUGAAGCAGUGUCACCGAGGGCGGAGGAUAGUGCUCAGGUUGCGCUGCACCUGGUCAAGCGCCAGGCGACAGGCGCUGCUGGCGCUGCUCGACCUCGUCCCCCGCGCCGACCGACGCUCCGCCGCCUCCAUGCUCGACCGCCUCUUCACCACGCUCGACCUCAACGAAGACGGGCUGAUCGACUCGCGGGAAUUCGAGACCGUCCUCAGGCUGGUCGCCACCAUGAACCGCCACCCCUCCUUCGUCUGAGUCUUCUGCAGCGCCUCCGCCAGCCCCCAGGGAAUCCCAUCGACCUCAGGGCCGAUCCAUGCCGACCGAUGGCCUCGCUGGGGAACAAAAAAUAUAUAUAACGACGAGUUCCGACGGGUUCGCUCGCUCGAGAACAAAUCGAUUGAUGACAGUUGGAAGCCAUUUUUGUCCAGGCUUGCCUUAG